ACACAGUUGAAGCAGAACAAAUUUGAUGUUCGAAAUUUCGGCUCUCGAUUACUUUUUCAUGAAAACAUUACUUUUGAAGAGAAAAAUCUUUGUAAAAUGGCUCUUCAAUCAGAAGUCGUGUCUACUUCACCGUUUCCAGGGCAAAAGCCUGGUACUAGUGGUCUCCGCAAGCCAACAAGCACAUUUUUAACGCCGAAGUAUACAGAGAAUUUCGUCCAGAGCACACUCGCUGCGAUCGGCGACAAGUUAGCCGGUGCUGACCUGGUAGUGGGCGGUGACGGUCGGUAUUUCAUGCGGCAAGCAGUUAACAUAAUUAUUCAAGUUGCAGCAGCCAAUGGGGUAAGGAAGCUAAUCAUUGGUCAGAAUGGUAUUCUUUCGACUCCUGCCGUGUCUUGUCUUAUCCGUAAACGACAAGCCUGCGGUGGAAUCAUUUUGACGGCCAGCCACAACCCUGGUGGACCCAAUGGUGAUUUUGGCAUCAAAUAUAAUACAAGUAAUGGAGGUCCUGCUCCAGAAAACAUCACCAAUAAAAUCUACGAGAUCAGUGAGAAGAUCACUGAAUAUAAAAUAUGUCAAGGUCUAGAAGUUGAUCUUGGCCAGAUCAAGAUAUCAGAAUUUCAAGUAGAUGGAAAACCUUUUACUGUUGAGGUCAUAGAUUCUGUAGAAGAUUAUCUAGCAUUGAUGAAGGAGAUCUUUGAUUUUGGAGCCAUCAAGAAGUUUUUGGAUAGUGGCCUGAAAGUUGUCAUCAAUGCAAUGCACGGAGUCAUGGGGCCCUACGUGAAGCGUACGUUUCACCAGGAGUUACAGGUACCUCUGGACUGCUGCCUGAACUGCGACCCCAGUGAGGACUUUGGAGGUCAUCAUCCUGACCCCAACUUGACCUACGCAGCUGACCUUGUAGAGCUCAUGAAGAAAGGGACUUAUGGCUUUGGGGCUGCUUUUGAUGGCGAUGGGGAUCGUAACAUGUUGCUCGGUGAGAAUGCGUUCUUUGUCAAUCCCAGUGACUCGGUAGCAGUUAUUGCAGCCAAUGCUUGCUGUAUACCUUACUUCAAGAAGAACCCUGUUCAAGGCUUGGCUAGGAGUAUGCCAACAAGUGGUGCUAUGGAUAGGGUAGCCUCUAUCGACGGUAUGACCCUCUUCGAGGUUCCUACCGGCUGGAAGUUCUUUGGCAACCUCAUGGAUGCGGGACGGCUGUCCAUCUGUGGCGAAGAGAGCUUUGGGACAGGGUCCAAUCACAUCAGGGAGAAGGAUGGUCUGUGGGCGGUCCUAGCCUGGCUCUCAAUCCUGGCCUCCAGGGGACAGACUAUGGAGCAGGUCCUGCAGGAACACUGGAAGAAAUACGGACGCAACUUCUUCACAAGAUGGGACUUUGAAGGUGUACCUGAUGAACCAGGGACUAAGUGGAUGGACAACCUAAGGGACAUGGUAUCCAAGGACAAGGUCAAGGAAUUAAUAGGAAGGUCAUUCACCAAGGGAUCAAAGACAUUCAGGAUAGCCCAGGCAGAUGACUUCAGAUACACUGACCCUAUUGAAAACAGGCUUACUCUCAAACAGGGCAUUCGAGUAAUCUUUGACGACGGCUCCCGUGCAAUAUUCAGGCUGAGUGGGACGAGUAGCUCGGGCAAGACCAUUCGCAUGUACAUCGACAGCUUCGAGUCUGACCAGUCUAAGUACGGCUUGGAUUCCCAGGAUGCAUUGCGCCCUCUUGUGGAGAUAGCAUUAGAGGUCUCGCAAUUUAAAGAGUUUAUUGGCAUUGACAAGCCCACUGUUAUCACAUGAAUAUAUAUAGAUAUAUAAUUAUAUAGAUCUUUUUUAAAUUACUGUACUAGUCUGUUUUCCAGCUCAAAAUGAAAUCUUGUUUGAAAUUUUUGAUAGUGCAUGGCACCACCGAGGUUAUUUCUGUUUUGUAUUUUCAUUAUAUUUUCCCUUUGCUUAGCAAAAUCAUUUCAUUUUAUUAUGUUUGUGAAAGUGAACUAAUGUUAAAACAUACAACAAUUAGGGAGACCCUAUCACCUCUCUGGUAUAGUGGAUUCAAAUUUGCAGUGUUUCCCUGGAUAGGGAUAUAAAGAGGUUAUAUAUUUCUACAAAAUUAUUUCAGUAUAUUUUUAUUUUAUAACUGUAAUUACUGGUAAUUAAAUUCUUCCAAAUUCAUAGCAUUUUGUUAUCUUUUAAUAUACUCAUUCUUACAUUGAUACACUCAUAUGUUGCAUUUAUUAUCAAAAUACAGUUAUUAGAGCACUUUCAUCAUUAUAGACCAGUGCCCUGGUAAAAAAAAAGUGUUAAAAAACCCCAAAACAAUAAAUCAUUUGCACUGCAAUAUUCCCUAUUGCAUGUAGCCGAUGUCAAGUGAUAUCAACCUACCAUACUAAUAUCUGAUUGAUUGCAUUUGGGAUUCACACUACAGUUUUAACGGAAUGACGCGAUAUCACUGAUGCUCCGUACAUGUACCUCGUAAAUUUUAUUAUUUGUGAGAUUGUAACAGUAAGGAAGUGAUAACUUUUUCUAGCGUACAACACAAGUAAAGAAAGCGCACCUUCAGAACUGGAAGUUUACCUCCCAAGAGUUGAAGGUACGCCACAGGUGGCUAGAUUCCAACAGCUCUAUGCAAUAGGGAGAAUUGACAUAAUAAUAAUACUUAUAAUGAAACUGUUUUGUAUAGCGCAAAAUACAUAAGCAAAGUUGCACGUCUCUAAGUGCUUUUUACAAAAGGAGUGGAGAUGGAGGGGAGAGCACUCAGUUUUGAUUAUGCAGCAAACCAUUUACUAAAGAGUUGAAAUUAAUUGUAGGUUUGAUUUUUAUUGUAGAGUAUACAAUAUCUUGUGUUACAGAGCACAUGUGGUUUAAAACCUUCAAUUUCUUCGAACAGUACUGAUUUUCUGAAAGUCAUUAGUUCUUCCCUAGUGCUGCUUCUAUGAAGUAUUCUUGAUAUUUGUACAAAGACAAGAUCACUUUUUUCCAAAUCAUUGAUUUUUCACCAGAAAUAUGAUUGUGGUACUCUGUAAUAUGUAGAUUUUCAAUACCUACCAUCCAUGCCCAUGUCUCUUUUCAUGUAACAUUGUAACAUACUUUGAUCACGUCCCCUUCAAUAUUCCUUUUCAAACUUUUUUUAUGAAAAUACACAUUUUUAAAUGUUUUAUCAAGAUUUAAGGUAAAAAGUUAUUUCAUGUUUCAAUCUGAAGACAUGAGAAUAUAUUUUAACCCGUGUAGAGGCUGGCUGAUUAUCUUAUAACCUGUGUUCUAGCUUGAGACUUAUUAGUGGUGCUGGCAAUCUCAAGACAAAACAAUUAUUUUAAGCCGAGUUAGUGUUUAUCAUGAUAAAUGGUGGUCAGAAAUCUUAUUUGCCAGUUAGGCCAAAUCACUGUCGACCAUCGUAGCUAUAACACUGGCUAUAACAUGCUUUUCUAUAGACCUCAGCCAUAUAUUGGAAUACAGUAUCAUACUCUUGUGUCUGGUAAACCUCGGGUUGCCCCAAGUAGUAAACAAUCUAUUCGGGUUCGAUACAUCAUCAAACUCAUCAUUAUUCACAUAAAGCAAUAUUAGUAAAUGGAUGCAAGCUGAUACAGGAUGAAAUAUGCAUUGGUCACUGUCCCAUUGGAUUUCAGUAUUACGGAUUAAGAUAUUCCAUAUGAUAUGUAAUGAGGUAAUAUCAGGGGUGUGAGAGUUCAGAUUUUUAUCUGAUUUCAGAUUUUUUGGUUUUUGAUUUUCAGCUUAAUUUCAGCUUAUUUUUGGCUUUCCUCUGUACAAAAAGUAUGGGAGCUCUUUCUAUUUCAGACUUUUUCAACACUCUUCAUCUUUUUCCAGAUCUUUUUAUUUGUGAUCACUCAAACCCUUGUAAUAUGCAGGGAUGUGUGCCCGGCUCUUGAUACAUGUAUUCAGUUAAUUGGUUUUAUUUGUCAAAAUAUCUGACAAAAUAUUCCUGCCGCCAGGUCAUGACCUGAAGACAUUGAAUCCUGGUCCCUGUAUUACAAAGAGUUGCGAUUGAUCCAAUCAACCAUAACUAUGGACAGCCAGCCACAUCAACAUAAAAAAUAUGUUUGUUUAAAAUAUUUUCUAGAUAUGAUGUAUAUGCAUGCAUUCAUUGUUCUCUGAAAAUUUUUGUGUGAUUCUCUUUGUUUAUCAUGGAGAUUGUGCAAAUUUCCUGGAGAAAAACUUGUGGUAUGGAUGGACUUCCAUACUUGAGAUUGAGCGGAUCAAUGGUAACUCUUUGUAAGACGGGGCCCUGUUAUCAAAUAAAUACUUUACACUGUGCAAUAUAUUUACUGAAUGGAAAUGUGUAUGAGAAGAAUAUAAAGUAGCAUGGCUAAUACUAGAGGCAACUCUCUUUGUAUAAUGUAUAUAUCAUGAAGAAUGUUUGGUCAAUUUCAGUCAGUUUAUGCAAGUAUUCUAAGUAAUAGUCAACCCAUAGGGUGGUAUUUUUGUAAUCAAACAUAGGUUUAUCCCCACAGUAAACAAACAUUUUAGUCCACACUUUUACGGAGUUUCAUCUUGUUCUUCAUAUUCAUGGCAAAGAUAUUGUGCCAAAUGAGUUUGUAUACUCAUAUCAUUAAUAUGUAUUCUCAUUUUACAACACAAUUUUUGAACAGCUGUGUGCCACGGAACUAGAGAUUUUACUCAAAUGAGUUGAUCAUUUGCACUUUAUAAAAUUGUGGUGUAAGUUAUUACCUGGGAUUGGCUAAACCAUGGAUUUGAGAAUACUGCCCUUAUACUUAUGGGGUGAAACUUUACUCUCCACAGCAGAAAGAACUUCAUCACCAUACGACAUAUGUUACACUACCCAGCACGGUAACCAGUACAUUGUACUGCCCUUCUCUUCUGUCCUCAUUUACAAUAACAAAUUAUGGUCAUUAAACAUGCUUUUUUUAUAUAAUUUGUGCUAUGUGACGAUUUCUCUUGAAAUAGAAAAUGAUGAUAAUCAUUGAA